GAGAGGGAGAGAGAGAGUGCGACUAGAGCCAGCGAGAGGGAGCUGGGGAACGUUGGAGCGGACUGGACAGAUGCUGGUACCCCUAUGGUCCAGGGCCAGGCGAGCAACAUGGAGGAGCAGCAUCAAGUCCAGCACAGCUUCUUCAAGAAGGUGGACGUCCCAGACCAUGUCCACUACAUCGUGGCCUUCUUCGUGUGUAUCAUUGGAACACUGGGGGUGACGGGGAACGCAUUGGUCAUGUUCGCUUUCUGGAGUAAUAAGAAACUGCGUAAUCUGCCCAACUACUUCAUCAUGAACCAGGCGGUGAGCGACUUCCUCAUGGCUUUCACACAGUCGCCCAUCUUCUUCAUUAACUGUCUCUAUAAAGAGUGGAUUUUUGGCGAGUACGGAUGCAAAAUGUAUGCCUUCUGUGGGGCUCUCUUUGGCAUCACCUCCAUGAUCAACCUGUUGGCUAUCUCCAUUGACCGCUACCUGGUCAUCACCCAGCCCCUCAAGGCCCUCGGUCGGUCGUCAAGGCGUCGGACCACCCUGGCAAUACUAAUGGUGUGGCUUUACUCUUUUGCCUGGAGUUUUGCCCCACUCAUUGGCUGGAGCUCCUAUAUCCCAGAGGGCCUCAUGACUUCCUGCACUUGGGAUUAUGUCACAUACACGUACGCCAACCAGAGCUACACCAUGAUGCUGUGUUGUUUCACCUUCUUCAUCCCACUGGGAGUUAUCUUCUACUGCUACCUCUUUAUGUUCCUGGCUAUCCGCACUGCCAGCAGGGAAGUGGAGAACUUGGGGACACAGGUGAGGAAAUGCACACUGAUCCAACAGAAGAGCAUCAGGAAUGAGUGGAAGCUGGCCAAAAUCGCCUUUGUGGUCAUUGUUGUGUAUGUGCUGUCCUGGUCGCCGUAUGCCACCGUCACCAUGAUCUCCUGGGCAGGACACGCCAACAUUCUGUCACCCUACUCCAAAGCCGUGCCUGCAGUUAUAGCAAAAGCCUCUACCAUCUACAACCCUUUUAUUUAUGCCAUUAUACACACUAAGUACAGGACCACAUUGGCAGAGAAGGUACCUUGUUUGAGAUGUCUGUCACCGAGAAAGGACAAAAAGGACUUCAACAGCGAGUCAUCCUUCCGAGAUUCCACUAUCAGCAGGCAGUCGUCCGUCUCAAGGACCCAUUUCUGCGCCACAUCCUCCAUCUCCUCCAGUAUGGUGUUUGGGGAUGUGGUGCUGGAUCCUCCAGAGCGUAACAACUCCUCCUUCAGAAGCACCUCGUCCUUUAAAAUGCCCAAAGACAAAUGUUGCAAGACCAAGAUUAUUUGUGCUGCAGAGAAGCCCAGCCACGCACUGAAGGAGUCUAUGAGCGCCAGUGAACACGAGGUAGUGUCUGGCUCCGUCUGCAUGGCAGCCGCCCCCCUGCUGCUCUUAUCAAAGAGGAGCCAGAGUGUCCAGCUAACCAACGGAGGAGAGACGACAGAGAGCGAAAGCGGCAGCGAGCGCAGGAGCACCUUGGACUCCCCUAGUUUACGAGCCCAGCUUUCUCACAUCUCCAGUAUCCCGCAAAUCAUCAUCAGCCCAACGUCGGAGAGCAGCUUAAUAUCAGAUGACAACUUGUCCUUAGUGGAGAAGCAGGGAGCCAUGAUGAGUCACGAGGAGGGAGAACUGCUGGUGGGCCUGCGGAGCUGUUCUUCAGAGCUACUGGAGUCAGUGGAAAGAUUCCUCUCCUGAGUUCACAUACAAAUUCUAAACUCUUUGUCUGUGUCCCAAAUGGCAUCCUUUCUAUCCUUCUUCUUCUCUUUUCUAAUACUGAUCCAACCAAUCCAUUCCACCCAGCCUCUUUUUUUUAAACAGACUUUGAGAAGGAGACCAAGCUAAGCCCUAGGCAAGAUCUGUCUAUGCUUCAAUGAACAGAAGGGAGAAAGAAACCCAGGAAGGGCUGAUUCUGGUGUGCUCUGGUCACAAGAAAGUGUUGCCGGGUAGAAAGGAAUAUUAAAAACCACCUGAUUCAUCCCCAGCCACCGUGAUUAACAUCUGUUUGUUUUCAUGGCACCCUUCAUUCAGAGGAUCUAUGAUGGUAUAGUGGUUCCAUAAUGUAUAUUGAAUAAGAAAGAAGGCCUUUAUAGUAGCAAAUAGAACUAACAUCCUCAUGCCAAUGGACCAAUGUUAGCGACGAGUGUUAAUGAGCUAUGGACAUUAAAGUCACAAUCUGGAGUCUGUUUUAAAAUAAUAAUACAUUGAAUUUAUAACGCACAUUUCAUUUAAAAAACAAUCUCUUAAUAAAUACAAGAGACAUAGACAAAAAAGGACACAUCUAGACAGGGCAACUGACACAAAGAACAAAGCUCACGCUAGAAAGGGCCAGGACAACAAGCAAUGCAGCUAUAUCUAGGAGGGUGUUGAAGCCAUUGAAAGGGGAGGGCGUAGCUAAAUGUGACCACUCCCAAAAUUCAUGGGGUUAUGGUCCGACAGUCCAUGAGAUCGACAUGAUGGUUUUAAAUAUAUUUUGAAGAUAUACAUUGUUACAAACCAAUGCUCUAAUGGAACCAAAAAAAACAUGAACAAUGGGAUAAUUUUACUUUAGAUUUGGGUUAAGAUAGAUGAAGUCAGCUGUAGUGAGCUCACAAAAAUAAAUUAAGCAACUCGCAAAAGUUCUAUUCUUCAAAAAUCAACGGCCAUAGUUUUUUUUAACCUUUAUUUCACUAGGCAAGUCAGUUAAGAACAAAUUCUUAUUUUCAAUGACGGCCUAGUGGGUUAACUGCCUUGUUCAGGGGCAGA